AUGACGCAGUUUCCGCUGUCCUGGUCUAAUGCUCAGAGGUUCUGCAGAACAGAGUACACAGACCUGGCCACUGCUGAGAACAAGGAAGAGAUGCAAGAGCUAGUGGACGCCGGCAGACGCUGGUAUGGUGGUCAUCUGUGGAUUGGACUGUAUGAUGACAUCCAUAGCUGGAGGUGGUCAAUGGAUGAGGAGGGUUAUUAUGACGCAGGAGGCGCAGAGUUCAGGAUGUGGGGAGCCUCUGAACCCAGUAAUGGAAAUGAAAAAUGUGCACUCAUGUUCUUGGCAGGGACAUGGCAUGACAUUUCUUGCCAAACUAAGGCCCCAUUUGUCUGCUACAACGCAGGUGCAUCUCCCAGGUUUAUUGUCGUGUCUGAAGUGAGGACCUGGCCUGAGGCUCAGAGUUACUGCAGAGAACACUACACUGACCUGGCCAGUGUGAGGAACAACAGUGACAACAACCAGAUAAAGGACCUGCUUUCAGCUGAGUAUACAUGGAUCGGCCUCUACAGGGACUCAUGGAAAUGGUCAGAUCGGAGUCCUGUAUCAUUUACAAACUGGAGAAAUGGGAAACCAGGAGGACUGCCUUGUGUGCUUACACAUAAAGGCCAAUGGGAGGACCGACGUUGUGAUAUAAAGUUGUUCUUUGUGUGCCAAACUGUAUCAGUGAAGCAGCGAGUGAUGAGGAUGAAACUCACUGGAAAAGAUUCCACAUUAAACCUGGAUGAUGCAACAGAUGCUAUAUUACAGCAGUUAAGUCGUUUGCUGGAUAACUCUGGACUGAGUGAGAACAUGAGGCUCAGUUGGAGGAAACGGCCAGAUGGAAAGACCUUGUACCUACAAGCAAAGGACAAAGACGAGGAACAGAAAGACACCACUUGCCACGUCAAAUAA